AAAAGCACAAACAAGAGAAAAGAAAAUAUUUACACAAUCAGGCUGAAUUUACAGAACAAUUCAUAUUCAUACAUUAAUUACUAAAUACUGGAAGAACGGUGUCACGUGACCUCACCUCGCCGAAUUUACGUUGCAGAUUUAAAUAGGCGAUGAUGCGUCUCCAUGGUGACAGACAGGGCGGAACAUGAAAAGAAACCAAGAGACGCACAGGGAAGCACCAGAAAAAAAAAGAAAGAUGAGUAGCGAUUCAGAGAUGUCCAUGAGCCAGGAUCUUAAAAUUAAGAACAAUAUCAUGGACAUUCUCUCCAUGACGUUAACACUCAAUGAACUCCAAGCCAAAUCCCACAAACUGGAAAUGCUCAAGAGGUCUUCCUACUAUAUCAAGGUGAUGCAGCUGGACGAUGAAGAGAACCAAAUGUCCACCUCCACCUUCAUUCACUUCUUCGACGUUAUGAGGUUCCAGGAUUUUAUGAGAGACUGCAAGGUCCAUGUGAAGCUACAGCUGAAGCUGCUGGAGAGGCUGUACAAAGAGCUAGUCAUCGGUAAGGAGGAACUGAACAGUAUCUUGGAUCAACGUGGAGAUUGCCUGGCGUUUGGGGAGGAUGCGAUUCAGAAAAAGAUCCGUGAGCUCUACAAGACCACCGAGGACUUCGAAACAGAGACAGUUUUCAGGGAACUCGAACCCAAAAACAGCCUGAUCCCCGAUCUGGAAAGCAAAAACUUGCCGAAAUUUAGCAUUGUGAUGGAGGUGGAGAACCCGGUGGUGUUUAUUAGAGAGCAGACCCAAGCCUUUUGCGACUCGGUGGUUCUUCACUGGCAAGUCGAGGAACAGGAGCAGCAAAAACCAGAUGAGGUAUUCGAGAUCUUUCACAAGCUCACCAAUCCCACGAACGAAGUAGAAUCUCGAGAGUUCGGCUCCCUGAUCUGCUCAGGGUACUUCGUUACAUUCAGCAACCUGAGGCAAGAACAUAGCUAUCAGUUCAGCGUGAAGAGACGGGAGAUCAACACACUGGUACAUGAAGACUGGAGCGACACCAUCGUCCUCACAACCACCUCACCAAACAUCAGUGUGAAGGAAUAAGUAUUAAAGAUCUAUAUGCUGCA